AUGCCGGAGCUGCCGCGGGCUUCCCUGUGCCCACUGUUCUGGAUGGAGUUCAAAGGCCACUGCUAUAGAUUUUUCCCUCUCAAUAAGACUUGGGCCGAGGCCAACUUCUACUGCUCUGAGUUCUCCACUGGCAGGAAAUCCACCAAACUGACCUCCAUCCACAGCUGGGAAGAGAAUGUCUUUGUGUAUGACCUUGUCAACAGCUGUGUGCCUGGGAUCCCAGCCGACGUCUGGACAGGGCUUCAUGAUCACAGACAGCCAACCCCAUCAGCCUCUCCUUUGGUCACUCACAGAUUCUUCCCACCUUGGAAGUGGCAACACGUCAAAGGACUUGAGGAGAAGAACAGGGAAUUUAUUGGCUCCUGUGACUAA